GGACCAGGUGGGAGUAUGGGAAUACCCAACGGGCGUUGGGCCAAGAUCUCGUCGCUUUCCCAUCGCCGAAGAUCUCUGAGAGAUGGAUCAGCGGAGGGGAUGACGGCAUAUAGCGUCGCGACGCCGGGCGUCAAAUUUAGUCUCUACUCUACCCGGCAACACCGUUCAAAAACUCACUUCUUCAAUACAUUUCCAACACCAGACACAAGACAGAUCAGCAACAUGCCGCCCCGCAACAAGGAACAGGAAGCCGAGAUUCUCGCGUGGAUCGAAGCUGUGACCGGAGAAAAACUUCCGCCAGGAAAUUACGAGGACAUCCUUAAGGACGGCGUUGUUCUUUGCAAUUUAAUAAACAAACUCGCUCCUGGUUCGGUGAAGAAAAUUCAAACCAAGGGAACCAACUUCCAACUUAUGGAAAACGUCCAGAGGUUCCAAGCCGCAAUCAAAGCCUACGGCGUUCCGCAGGAGGAAAUUUUCCAAACCGCCGAUCUCUUCGAGAGGCGUAACAUCGCUCAGGUCACGUUGUGCCUCUACGCUCUUGGCAGAAUCACGCAAAAACAUCCCGAAUACAACGGCCCGAGACUUGGACCAAAAAUGGCAGAGAAGAACGAGAGGGAAUUUACGGAAGCUCAGCUUCGCGCCAGCGAAGGGCAGGUCAAUUUACAGAUGGGUUACAACAAGGGAGCGAGUCAGAGCGGACACGGCGGUUUCGGCAACACCAGGCACAUGUAAAUUAAAACCUACACACACGCACACACUUACACAUUUACAUUUUACAUACCCAUACACACACACGCACACGCACACACACGCACACAAAUACACACAA